ACGAUCCGGACAUGAUAACACUCCCAAGGAAAAGUCCCCCUCCGCACUCUGCUCCGUGGUCAUUUCUACCCGGGUCAUCCUCCGGCUGCCUGUGACGGAAUGCGCCUUGUUUCCUCACUGUUUUCUAACCUUCGAACAAACAUCGACUCGCCCCUGUCAGGCCAGGUCACCCGAGCAACAAACAUGCAAGUGCAGCGAGUCGUUCUUAACUCUCGACCAGGCAACAACGGGGAGCCAAGUCCCGAAAAUUUCCGCCUGGAACAGAUAAAUUUAACAUCCGACCUGGAAGAUGGACAAGUCCUCGUUCGGACGCUUUACCUCUCAGUCGACCCUUACAUGCGCUGCAGAAUGAAUGAAGACACCGGUGCUGGUUACCUGGCUUCGUGGAAGCUGUCUGAAUGCGUGGACGGUGGCGGUGUUGGCGUGGUUGAAAGCAGCCGCUGCAGCGCUCUCACCGAGGGAGACUUUGUCACUUCAUUCAACUGGCCGUGGCAGACCCAUGCAGUGAUGAUGGGAGGUGGCCUUCAGAUGGUUGAUUCACAGAUGGUUGAUGGCCAUCUUUCCUACUUUUUGGGAGCAGUUGGUAUGACGGGGCUCACCGCGCUGUUAGGGGUCAGGGAGAAGGGCCACGUGACCAAAGGGGCCAAUCAGACGAUGGUGGUCAGCGGUGCAGCUGGCGCCUGUGGCUCCCUAGCUGGACAGAUCGGCCGGCUGGACGGAUGUGCGAAGGUGGUUGGGAUUUGCGGUUCAGACGAGAAGUGCAAAGCUUUGGUGGAAGACCUGGGCUUCUCCGCAGCCAUCAACUAUCGCAGCGGCGACGUCUCGGCACGGCUCAAGGAGACCUGUCCCGCCGGCAUCGACGUCUACUUCGACAACGUAGGCGGCGCCACCAGCGACGCCGUCAUAGAGCAGAUGAACAAAGGAGGACACGUGAUUCUCUGCGGGCAGAUCUCGCAGUACAACAAGGAUGUGCCGUAUCCUCCCCCUCUGAGCGACAAGACGCAAGAAAUCCUGCAAAGUCGGAACAUCACCCGGGAGAGAUUCAUGGUGCUCAGCUACAUGAGUAAAGCGGAAGCUGCCCUCUUUGAGCUCAGCCAGUUAGUAAAAUCAGCUCAAAUCAAGGUGUUGGAAACGGUGGCGAACGGUAUAGAAAACAUGGGAGUUGCUUUUUGCUCCAUGAUGAAAGGCGGAAACGUCGGAAAGCAAAUAGUAAAAAUAUCCGAGUGAGGAAAGAUUCCAGCUAGAUCGAGCUUUUAAUCCACGUCCACUGUUGCCUUCUAUCGCCUGCAUUACUGUGACACGAACCUACUGAACUCUUGUACGUUUGCAACAAGAAAUCCAGUGAGAAAAUAUUUUUUAACUCUUAUUUUCUAACUGUAUCCUUAAAACAUGAAACACAAUGCAAUUUCUGAGCCUUGGAGUAACCUGGAGCCAAUAAACAAACGUGGGUCAAAUCAGUGAGAACCCACUAACUAUCGUGAACUCUU